UGGGACGCACCCGUUUUGUUAUGUGACUGGAAAUUUCUACCCAGUUCUCAUCCUAUAUUACAUCAUGCACCGAUACUACCUCAUUUUGCCAAUCGGCCAUACCAGAAAAGAAGAUUAAAUCGAUGCCCCUGUACAUCUUUGGGUUUGUACGCUUCCACGACAGCCUCACUGAAUGCGCCCCUACCCAACGGCUUGCCUUCAGCCCGGUUUUCCGGUAGGCUAAAUGCCUUUGAGGCCCAUUUUAUCCUGCUCUGCAUUGCCCACGAGGUGACAGAGGAAUCUUUCAACAACUCUAAGUCACAUCACUUUGAUGCCUCGGUAUUAUCUCCUUCCAACGGUGCGAUCAUAAGUUUGCCUCGGCAAAAUAAUGGGCUCUUAGGCCCUACUGAAACUUGUACUGUUGUCGAGGAAUUCUCCAGUGAUCCUGCUAACAACGCCAAUGAUGACACUGAAGGCGUGAUGGCGAUUGUCCGCGUGGUGCCACUCGAUCUGCCUCUCGGGCAUUUAAGCGCAGCCACAUCGCUGCCAGGAUUGCAUAUUUUUCCGAGUUUCGAAACUAUCAUUGAAGCUUUAACAAGAGCCGGAGUCACUAAUGAUGAUCUUUUUAAAAUGAAAUUUCUUCGAGGCGGCAUCGUGGCGCUAGUGGAUCUUAAUGGUCUUGCCCCCAAAAUGGCGUUUUGGUCCAAUGUGGAUCUCAUUAACGUAGCAAAGUUACUACUCUGCAAAAUAGUCCUGGGCGCAGGUCGGUAG